AUGCCUAAAAAACCUGCCAAGUCCUCACACCACCACUCCACCACAACCCUUACAUGUAGCAACAAUGCGCGUGAUCUAUGGAGUCAAGAAGCAAAAUCUAUAAGAUUGGAUUAUGGCAGUUGUGACUGGUCUGACAGGUUAAAUCAAAUUUUGGAGCAGAUGGUCACACGAAUGAAUGAGAACGGCUAUAUUUUACAACAGACUGAGGAAAUGGAGUUCAACGUAUGGAAACAUUCUUUGCAUGGAAAGCCUCAUCAAAGAAAAAUCAGAUUUAAAAGUAUUCCUUGGGUAGAAGAAAGAAUUUUGGAAAUUAUUGAUGGACAAAAACAAAUAGAUAUCAAAACAAUCAGAGAGGUUGACCUUCCCAAAGAAAAUGAGCUUACAUUUCUUCAAGCCAGCCAUCAAACACCUCUAUCCUUUUCCUUUGACAAUAUCAACUCAUUCCUUUCAUUCGGAAUUAUAUUUCUAUAUGGAUUGCUUAAAUGCCAUGACCGGUUACAAAUGAGUGAAAAUUUGUCAUGCUUAUUAGUGUCAUCCUUGAACGAUUCCACACAUUCCUACUCCCUAUCGUCCGACAUGAAAAUGUUAGCAUUUGCUGGAAUACCUUACUCUUUUACGGUACUGAGCAAAGACGUUCUGGAUGUUAAAAUUGCGACGCUGGAGCCCAUAUGGAAGGCAACGCUUAUAGCACACACCUUAAAUCAACAAAAUGUCAAACAAAUAAGGAGAAAUCAAGUUUGUGACAUCUGUUCUCAUGUUGAUUCUAAAACAAUCUUUGCUUUCACAACCAAUAUCAGCGGAGAGUACAUACUGGAAUUGGAAUGUCAAAGAAACAAGAAAUGGAAAAAGAUAAUACCUGUCUCUGUCAAAUCUUCAAAGUUUAGCUUUAAACAUAGCUACAUUUGCUUUCAGGAUGAAGAAAUUGCUAAAGCUAAUGAGCAGAAAGUUAUUGAUCUGCAUAUUUGUGACAUGUUUAACAAUCCAUCCUUUUCAGGAUUUAAUUUGGAAAUGUUAGAAAUUCAAAUUUUUGAAGUUGUUUCAAAAUCUAGAUAUAUUUGGGCAAAUGGACAGUUCAUAGACGGAGAAGCUUCUCUCUUGAAUAUUGUCAUAAUUCAAUCUGAAACAAAGAUUAGCGUUGCAUUUUCAAGUAAGAAAUCCUCUACUUAUGAAAUUGAGAUGUUUUAUACAGUGAACGAUAGGCGCCUAAGUUUCAACUCACCAAACCAAACUGAUAGUAGAUUGGUAUGCAAAGUAGUUCCUUCAACCUUUGACCAUUAUACCAUUUGCUGCUCAGAAGAUGAUAGCACACUAUAUACAUCAAUGGAGACGAUUUCAAUGGUCUUUACAGCAGUAGAUGAAUAUGAGAACGAGUUAGAAUUGGAUGAUUUAAAUGCAAACAUUGAAAUUAAGCUUCGGUAUGAGUCUCCUGCCGAAUAUCUUGAAUACGCUGACUUUCUUCAACCUAAUCACUCCUCAAUCAAAGCAACUUAUUUUCAUGAAAAAGGACCAAAAUUGAAAACAUCUUUUACGCCAUUAUGGAAAGGAGUUUAUUCAGUCCAUUUUUACUUUAAGGGUACAAAAAUAAGAAAGACAAUUUUUAUUGUAAAUGAAAGUGCUUGUGAGCAAACAAGAUUGGAACAAUUGAGAUAUGACAUUCAACGAAUAACUAUUCAGAAAGAAAAAGAUAGAAUUCAAGAGGAAAUUAAUGCCUGGACAAAAAAUCAAACCUUUAGACAAAUUUUAAAUCAUGUCGUUGAGAAAUAUCAUCCCAAUAAGGAAGACCAUGCAUCUUUGCUUCUUCCCAUAAGUGCCGAUAGACCUGAAAUAUUGAAACUGUAUAAGAAGGUUGUAUUUAUAAUUCACACAGACCAGUCUCCAUUACUGAGAAAUUAUAUGAACGCACAAGAAAGGGAAUUAUUGAUUUGUGAGUUGAAUUUGAUAUUCAAUGCAGUCCAACAAGCAUACAGAAGAUGGAAAGCACUCACAAAGCUGCAUUAA